UGUUUAUAUUUAGUCGGUUCAGUUAACGGAAGAAAACAGGAAAGUUCCUCUUUCUCUCGAACUCUCUUUCUCUUUGUAUACAAACCACUGCUUCUCUCCGCAUCACAUUUUCUUUUCCUUUGGUCGUUGUGGAAGCAUCAUCACCAUGAGCUACUACGAUCAUCAGCAACAGCCUCCGGUUGGUGUUCCUCCUCCACAAGGGUAUCCAUCAAAGGACCCUUAUCCUCCACCAGGGUACCCUGCACAAGGGUACCCUCCACAAGGGUACCCUCCGCAGGGCUAUGCUCCGCAAGGCUAUGCUCCUCAGUACGUUCAACAACAGCCUCCUCCUAGACAAGAGACUGGUUUUCUUGAAGGAUGUUUGGCUGCACUAUGCUGCUGUUGCCUACUCGAUGCUUGCUUUUAAGUUCUGAAGAAACGUGGUCUGCGGUGACUGAAUCAGAGCCAUUAUAGGAGGAACCAUUAGGGUCUUGUCUUGUCUAUCUGUUCUGUUAAUUCAAUUCUUGAAUAUUAACAUUUGUUUAGGUUUUUAUUUAGAUAUGUCCUCUGCGAGGAUGUGAAAAAUGACUUAGUAAAAAUUCGUGGAGUGUCUAUGAAUUCUGUGUUUAAACUUGUUAAUUCAUGAAUUGGGUUUUAAAUUUUAAUUUUGAAGUUAAAUGAUAAGUUUUUGCUUGAUACCGAA